UUCUCUUGACAGUGUUUGUAUCUUUACGGUGUGUUUCCAUUUAAUGUAUUUGUGACAUCAUCAGUGACAUCAUGGAUAACCUUGAUGACGUAUUGGGAGAUCUGCUUGGUGAACUUGAGGGUUUGACGCAGCAACUUGAAGAUGGCCCACCAACCAAACCAACCCAACCGUCCCAUCCUCCCCCGCCCCCAAAUAAACCAAUCGCAAACAAGCCUCCUCCACAAAUUCCCCACAAAGAAGACAUCGACCUUAAUUCAAUGCUCGAUGAUCUUUGUUUAUUUGAAGAAAAUUUAGCGAGUCAGACAAUUGAAGAUACCAACAAACCAAGCAAUACAGGUCGAGAUAGUUUGCCGAGAGAUUUCGAUGACGGGGGUCAAAAGUUCAACACCCUCAAGCGAGCGGGGCAAGGUGAGAAGAGUUUCACCCACGGAGGGUUCGUUAAUUACCACGACGACAACGAAGAUAUUUCACUGGAGGGUUUAACGAACGAUAUCGAGCAAGAACAAUCGAAACAACCCGGGAUAACGGAGGAAGAACUCGCGACGUUGUCUCCGGUUCUGCUUGAACUCGAUGGACUCGUUAACUCGUUGUGUCAAUCGCCACCUGCCACCCCAAUACCUGCCACAUAUCCGUCCAACAAAUACACACCCCCCAUGACCCCAACAAACCCCCAACACCCCCCUAUCCCCAACAAACCCCCAACACCCCCCACACACAAUAACACACCCCCCACCCCACAAGAACCAACAUUCAAACCCCCCCUCCCCAAGAAACCCAAACCGCCCCCGAAACCACAUGUUCAUCAUAUGGAGGAUACACAUCCACAUAAAGAUCCAACACCUGAUGAACCUCCAACACAAAUAGACAACAUCAGCGUAACGACGACAACAUCGUCCGUGUCAGAUGUAGAUUCAGAAACUUCCGGUCCCAAUAUGGGUCCCAACAUAAUGGGUCCUAACGUAACAGGUCCCGCUUCCGAAACAAACAAACUCGUUUACGACGACAUCUCAAAACUUGAGGAAAAAUUAAACCUUGUUGAGAAUUUGGACGGAGCUGAAAUGUCGGUUGAGGAAAGAGAAGAGCGGAUAAAGUCGGAGAAAAUGCGAGAAGCUCUUGAAAAGAUGAAAGAAGCAAGGAUACAAAAGUUUGUGGUGAAAGUCUACAACAAGGACGAUAGUUCGAAGACGGUUGUGAUCGACGAACGGAUGACAGUUCGUGUUGUGAUGAAACAAUUGAUCGAGAAGAAUCAUUAUGACACGUCAUCUAACUGGGCGCUUAUUGAAGAAUUGCCCAGUUUGUUUAUGGACCGAAUGUUCGAAGAACACGAGAAACCUUGCGAGAUUAUGACGCAUUGGACGCGAGAUACGACCAACCAACUUCGAUUUGUGGAACGUAAAGAUAAAUAUGCUUUGUUUAAAAAUCCGCAGCAUUACCUGUUAAGCCAAUCGGACAACCAGGAUCAAAUGCAAGAACGACAUAAGCAGACAUUACUUGAGGAGUUUUUCUCGGGCAAAGGUCCAAGUUCAGGCGUGCCAGAAGUUGAGGGCUUCCUUCAUAUUAAAAGUGAAGGAAAGUCAUGGUCGCGUAAAUAUUGUGUGUUACGUUCAUCGGGGUUGUAUGUUAGCAAGGGUGGGGAACCUAAGAAAGGGAAGAAGGUUUCCGACCUCACUUGUCUCAUUAUGUUCGAACAAUCGUUAUUAUACCUCGGACGUGGUUGGAAGAAAAGAUUUAAAUCUCCGUUUGAUUAUGGGUUCGCACUAAAGAGACCAGAGUUCCAGAUAAAAUCGAAGCACAUAAAAUAUCUUUGUUGUGAAGAUUUUAAAUCCUUGAUGAGGUGGACGGUUGGUAUACGACUCGCUAAGUACGGGAAACAAUUACUCGAUAAUUACGAGAAGACGAACGAAGACAUGAAGUCGCAAUCGGUCGUUGCAUCGCAUUUCGCGUUCAGACAACAACAGAUGGAAUCUGCGGCGAAUAAAUCCCCAAAGAAAGUCGAUCACAACAAACCAAGUAACCCAACGAGGGGCAUGGGGGUUAAGAAUAUAUUCGAAGGAGCGUGGAAGCGAGCCGAGGCCGACGCUCCUUUGCCUACUGAGACCACACAAGUCCACACCGAAGAUCGGAAUCAAUCCAACGUAACUCGAGCAAAAUCCGUGUGGAAACCCAACAAGAAGUCGACGAAUUGGUGGGACCUUGAGGAGGACCAACAGGAGGAUGAGAUGCCUGAACCAACCCAACAAACACAAGCUCCACCAUCACCCCCCAUUCCCCCACCAGCGGAAGAUCUCCCCCCACCCCCACCCAUGGGUGAAUACGACAUGCCCCCGCCACCCAUGGACACCCAAUAUUACCCCCCUCCUCCUCCACCAGGCAACAAACCCACAUUCAUGUCGUACGGGGACCCCCUACCCCCACCACCCCCUCCAGCAGGGGGAAUGCCACCCCCACCUACCAUGUCAAUGCCCCCUCCUCCCCCAGCGACAUCAAUGCCGCCCCCACCCCCCCUUAAACCCUCCAAGAAACCCCCGCCCCCGCUGCCACAGAAACAUAAUUACAGCAACAACAACAACCACCUCCCACGACACGAUUCUCUAGAGGACGACCCCCCACUCUUCCAACCCCCGCCCCCAUUCAAACCCUCGCCCCUCACAUGUUAUUAUUCCAACUUAACUUAUUCAUCGGACGACUUCCCCCCACCCCCACCAUUCGUGCAACAUCUAAAGGAAUCAUUCGCCGGUGUUAACGAGGCUGGUUCAAAUCUUCCAACCAAGAAUAUUCUUUCGCAAAUUAAAUCAAAAUCACCGAUGAGGUUUGGGCUUGGUAAGCGAGCCCCACCUCCUCCUCGUAGAAACGCUGGCACGCGACUCUCAUCAAAGAAACGUUGAAUAUUUGCAUGGCAGCUCAUCCUGACACUUAUCCAUGUGCAAUGCACUGUUACUUGCACUAUACUUGUUUUUAGAUGUUCCAUUCUAUGUGUAAAUAUGUCAACAUGUAAUCUGGAUUAAAUAUACAGUGAAUGUCGUAA